CCAUCGUCUAUUGUGAGCACCGCACCUUUGGGGACGCGUCGGAUCAUUUGAUUGCCAGACACACACGAACGCAUACGCAUGGAGAAGGCACGAUGGGAUAUACCUGGAUUUUAUUCACUAUUCAAAUCUUGUUCACCAUAUUAACAGGCUGGGCCAAACCUCGCAUCAGUCCGGACUCUCCAGAGGUGGUGGUCCUGAAGGGUAGACGCUUGCAGCUCUCCUGCCAUGACGAACAGGGGGAGGUGAGGUGGCAGCGGGAAAAGGGUCGCAGAACUGAGGGCAGGAGUGACGAAGAUGAGGUGGCCUUUAUCACCGUGACCUCAGCACAGGAACAGCACAUGGGUCGCUACACUUGCAGAAAUAGAGCAACGCAGGAGGAGAGCUCUAUAUAUGUUUAUGUGAAAGACCCAGUGAAUGCAUUUGCACGCUCUAUGGUAAAUGACCUGCUGGUACGUGAGGGGGAGUCCUGCACUGUGCCCUGUCUGGUUACAGACCCAGCUGUCACCAACCUGAGCCUUCACACCUGUGAUGGCCAGCCCCUCCCCCUCGGCCUCACCUACACAGCCCGACCGCAGAGAGGCGUUGUCAUCAGCAACAUCAGCAAAGAGCAGGAGGGCUGCUAUGUCUGUGCAGGACAGCUCGGAGAGACCACGGUCAAAUCCAACGAGUACGUCAUCGAAGUACGAUUUGUUCCUGACAGGGCCCCAAAGAUCAGUAUAUCAAGGAGAGAGAAUGCCAUCCUGACUAAAGGGCAGGAGUUUGAGUUGGUCUGCGCAGCUGCCAACGUCAACUAUGACUUCAGUGUCAAAUGGAUCUCUCCCCAGGGCACAACAGCACUUGAGACACGCACAUCUCAUAUCCAGCCCGGCUCCCGUGGUUACCAGCGCUCGGCAACGCUGCGGAUCACCUCAGCGAUGGUCGGAGAUUCUGGGAUGUAUCACUGCGAGGCACAGAAUGAGAAGGGAGUCACUACUGCAUCCAUAUGGCUGGAUGUCUAUGAGCGAGGCUUCAUUAACCUGACUGAGCCUGCAGAGAGUGUGCUGCAUGUUCGUGAGGGGGCCAGCCUGACACUGCGGGCUGAGCUGGAGGCCUACCCCACACCCACCAUCCUCUCCUGGGCACACCAGGACCAAGUGCUCCACAACACCUCUGAGCACGUUAUUACCAUACACAAGCAGAGAUACAGGUAUGUCAGUGAGCUAAGGCUGGUGCGUGUCCAUGGAUAUGAAGGAGGCAUCUACACUUUAAAGGCCAGCCACAAUGAUGACUCAGUCAAUCACUCAUUCUCUGUUCAUGUAAUUUGUAAGCCUGUGAUUGUGUCUCAUGACGGUCCAAUUGAUGGACAAGUACGCUGUGUAGCGUCAGGAUACCCUGCCCCCAAAAUCUCCUGGUACUACUGUGAGCCUUCACACACAAGGUGCUCAAUGCUGGGCAAUGCCACCGAGGAGGAGGAGGAGGUCGCCAUGGUGUCUGUGUCAGGCACAGGCUUCGGACGCAGUCUGGUGGAGAGCCGGCUGAACGUUAGCAGAGGGAGUUACCGCACGCUGGAGUGUGUGGCCACAGCAGAGGGAGAGCAGGCGUACACGCUGUUCUCCAUCAGUGAGAAAACAGUGCCACACAAACUGUUUACUCCACUGCUGACUGGUGUUGUAUGUGCAGCAAUUGGGCUCAGUUUCACAUUGGUGGUCCUUCUAUGCAAGUAUAUGCAGAAACCCAAAUACCAGAUUCACUGGAAGGUGAUAGAGAGCAUCCAUGGCAACAACUAUAUUUACAUAGACCCCACCCAGCUGCCUUAUGACCAAAAGUGGGAGUUCCCCCGUGAGAGACUGCGGUUUGGUAAAGUUUUAGGAUCUGGUGCCUUUGGUAAAGUGGUACAGGCCACAGCCUAUGGACUCCGCUCUCCAGAUUCUGUCACCACUGUUGCAGUGAAAAUGCUUAAACCAAGUGCCCACUGCACCGAGAAGGAGGCGCUCAUGUCAGAGCUCAAAGUUCUCAGUUACCUUGGAAACUACGUCAACAUUGUUAACCUGCUCGGAGCCUGCACCCAGGGAGGUCCAACGCUGGUGAUCACUGAGUACUGUUGUUAUGGGGACCUGCUCAGCUUCCUGCGGCGAAAGAAGGAGGAGUUUUUCAGUUUGAAAACCGGUGAUGGCUACUACAAGAAUCUCCUGAGUCAGCCCCAGCCCUUGAGGGAUGGCAAUGACAAUGGUUACAUGCCCAUGAGAUCUUACCAGAGGAAGCAUAACCUCUCUGACUGCAAUGGAGAUAAGGAUGACCUGUCUUUGGACACAGAGGAUCUCCUCAGUUUCUCCUACCAAGUAGCCAAAGGCAUGGACUUCCUCACCUCCAAAAAUUGCAUCCACAGAGACCUGGCUGCCAGGAAUAUUCUCCUCACAAAAGGCAGAGUGGCCAAGAUCUGUGACUUUGGUCUGGCCCGUGACAUGGCCAAUGACUGCAACUAUGUGCUCAGGGGCAAUGCCAGGCUCCCUGUGAAGUGGAUGUCCCCUGAAAGUCUCUUUGAAGGCAUCUACACAUUUGAGAGUGAUGUCUGGUCUUAUGGCAUUCUGCUCUGGGAGAUCUUCUCUCUUGGUAACAGUCCUUACCCAGGCAUUCAUGUUGGCGCGGCCUUCUAUACGAUGAUCCAGGAAGGAUACAGAAUGAGUGAGCCAGAAUUUGCACCUAGUGAAAUAUAUGAGGUGAUGAGAUGCUGCUGGAACACUGAUCCCCUGAAGAGGCCUCCCUUCAAGAAGCUGGCGGAGAAGACUGAGCUCCUGCUGUCAGAGCACACCAAACAUGAGUACCUGAACCUGGUUGGGAGCAACAGCAGUAACGGAGGUGUUGUUCCUCCAGACAGGCAGAGGGAGCCGUCUCAGAGGCUAAGCUCAGUGAGCAGCACCACAGCCCCGACUCAGCCUCUCCUGUCUAGCUCUGAAGUCUUCCUGGAAGAUGAGACUGUCUGAGCACUCUGGCCUAGACUACCUGCUGACAAUCAUCCGACCCCUAUUCAGCAAUUCUCCUGCUAAAUGCAAGCCUCCUGGGUCUAAUAAUAGGUAGUCAUAUCGCUGUGAAUGAUAGCAUGGCCCAGACAACUCUCUACCUGGGUGUAAGAGUCUGCAAUAUCACUCCUCCUUUGAUGACAUGCAGGGGUAGUUUGUAUGUUGACAAUUUGGCUCUACAAGUAGCUUUGCCUCACAAUGAGCGGUUAGCAGCUCUAUAAGUAUACCAUCUGCAUUCUUAAACCACUAUAGGUCUGUGAGUUAAAUGAUCCUUCAGCUGCUUAAUAACAAUCCCAUGGGUUACUGGGUCACUGUAUUGUGAAAUUAUUACCUGUUCCUAUUCAGGUCAACUUCUACACUCCUCAUUCAGCGUUCACAGCCCUUAACCUACCUUAGCACCUACCUACCUACCUUCAUUUUGCCUUACAACAAUUUAGUACUGCACGUCUCUAGUGGCUUGUAAGAGUCCUCCAGACCUGCCCCCCCCCCCCCAUCCAUGUUUAUUGUCGUCCUCUGGUUGAGGCCUAAGAAUGCCUUUCGAGUUUCCUGUAAGUGUGGCAGGACUAUUGAUUGGUGUGAUAUUUCAGGUGCUUGGGGAGGGGUGUGUGUGUGUGUGUGUGUGUGUGUGUGUGUUUGCUGAGCCAGCACGAUGUGAAACACAUUGUCCAUUAUGUGAUACGUGGAAAACAACAUCUGGGCCACGGACCAGUCGAUGAGAAGUGAGCACGCCCUUGACUGCUGUUAUUUAUGGCCAUAAAAUAUGAGAUCAUUUCUCCAUUUGCCCUUGUGUGUAGACCAACUCUGUGUAGCUUGAGAGUGAAUUGUUUUUGUAAAGUACAGAAGUUGACAGCGGUGCACCGAUGGGCCAAAGGGAGUAUACAUACUUGCAGUAAAGUUUUACAGUUAUGUGUGUGAAUUAAAGAGAAUUCAUGCUAAAUGAUUUGCUCUGGUUAAGCAAGUGUGUUUCAAAUGGAACUUGUUUUGACAGAAGUUUUGCAGUUUUGAUACAUGGAUAAGAUUGAUUAAAUAAAUGUAAUGUGAAUGGU